CAACGAAGGGGUGGAGUCUCCUCGUGACCUUUCACCCCAGCAUGGCUGCGCCCGUGGGACCGGUGAAAUUCUGGCGUCCAGGUACAGAGGGACCAGGCGUCAGCAUCUCUGAAGAGAGACAGAGUCUAGCUGAAAACUCUGCCACAACCGUCGUGUAUAAUCCGUACGCCGCCCUUUCUAUAGAGCAACAGAGGCAGAAGCUGCCCGUAUUUAGGCUUAGGAAUCAUAUAUUAUACUUGAUAGAAAACUAUCAGACAGUGGUGAUUGUUGGAGAAACAGGAUGUGGGAAAAGCACACAGAUUCCACAGUAUCUUGCAGAGGCUGGCUGGACAGCGGAAGGAAGAGUUGUAGGAGUGACCCAGCCUCGAAGAGUGGCUGCUGUUACUGUUGCAGGGAGAGUAGCUGAGGAACGGGGUGCGGUGCUGGGUCACGAGGUGGGUUACUGCAUACGCUUUGAUGACUGCACUGACCCGCUAGCUACGCGCAUAAAGUUUCUGACUGAUGGAAUGCUGGUCAGGGAAAUGAUGGUUGAUCCACUGUUAACAAAAUACAGUGUCAUUAUGCUGGAUGAAGCCCACGAGCGGACCUUGUACACUGAUAUUGCCAUUGGCUUGCUGAAAAAGAUUCAGAAAAAGCGGGGGGAUCUUCGAUUGAUUGUAGCUUCAGCUACUCUGGAUGCUGAGAAAUUCCGGGAUUUCUUUAAUCAAAAUGACACCAGCGACCCCGUCAGGGAUACAUGUGUGAUCCUUACUGUGGAAGGGCGGACAUUUCCAGUGGAUAUCUUUUAUCUACAAAGUCCUGUUCCAGAUUAUAUUAAAUCAACUGUAGAGACUGUGAUGAAAAUUCACCAGACAGAGGGAGAUGGAGACAUAUUAGCAUUUCUUACUGGCCAGGAAGAGGUGGAAACUGUUGUGUCUAUGCUGAUUGAGCAGGCUCGAGCCUUAGGCCGAAGUGGGAUGAAGAGACACCUCCGGGUUCUCCCCAUGUAUGCAGGACUGCCUUCCUUUGAGCAAAUGAAAGUGUUUGAGAGGGUGUCCCGCAGUGUCAGAAAGGUGAUUGUGGCCACCAAUGUGGCAGAAACUUCCAUAACAAUCAGCGGGAUUGUGUUUGUGAUCGACUGUGGCUUCAUGAAACUCCGAGCCUACAAUCCCAGGACGGCCAUCGAGUGCCUGGUGGUGGUUCCAGUGUCCCAGGCAUCAGCCAACCAGCGAGCAGGGCGUGGUGGCCGCAACCGCUCUGGAAAAUGUUAUCGCCUUUAUACAGAGGAAGCCUUUGACAAGCUGCCUCAAUCCACGGUUCCUGAGAUGCAACGUAGUAAUUUGGCACCUGUCAUCCUGCAGCUGAAAGCACUAGGAAUUGACAAUGUCCUCAGAUUUCACUUCAUGUCGCCCCCUCCAGCACAGUCGAUGGUUCAAGCGUUGGAGUUGCUCUACGCCCUGGGAGGUCUGGACAAAGACUGUCGCCUGACUGAGCCACUGGGCACAAGGAUAGCCGAGUUCCCUUUGAACCCCAUGUUUGCAAAAAUGCUGCUCGAAUCAGGAAAUUUUGGCUGUUCGCAGGAAAUUCUAAGCAUUGCUGCCAUGAUGCAGAUCCAGAAUAUCUUUGUGGUCCCCUCAAAUCAGAAGUCCCAGGCAAUUCGAAUGCACCGAAAAUUUGCUGUGGAGGAGGGUGACCAUCUCACCAUGCUGAACGUGUAUGAAGCAUUUAUCAAACACAACAAGAACUCUCAGUGGUGUCAGGAGCACUUCCUGAAUUACAAGGGUCUUGUCCGAGCUGCGACUGUGAGAGAACAAUUGAAAAAGCUGCUUGUCAAGUUUCAAGUGCCCAAGAAAUCUAGUGAAGGUGACCCGGACCCAGUUCUGAGGUGCAUCGUUGCGGGGUUCUUUGCCAAUGCAGCGAGGUUUCAUUCUACUGGCGCUUACAGGACUAUCCGUGAUGAUCAUGAGCUACAUAUCCACCCUGCGUCUGUCCUCUAUGCGGAGAAGCCGCCUCGCUGGGUUAUCUACAAUGAGGUCAUACAGACCUCCAAGUAUUACAUGAGAGACGUGACUGCUGUUGAAUCUGCUUGGCUGUUGGAGCUGGCUCCACACUUUUAUCAACAAGGAACGCACCUGUCUCUAAAAGCCAAAAGGGCCAAGGUCCAGGACCCGUGAACAGAGCCAGGCUGCAGCUUCAGGGCCUGCCGGUGCCCUCCCUGGGUGCCCAGGCGCGCCGGCCUGGCUCUUGCGGAACCUCCAGCUGCUCUGAGGGAGCUGCAGCCUGUUCCUUCGCUCCUUCCUUCCUUCCUGCUCCCCUCGGCCUCUGCAUCCCUUGCUGGGACUGGAGGAGCCUGUGCAUGGCAGGCACCUGCUGAGCUGCCCCCAGGCAGAGCAGGAGUUGGCAGGGCCAUGCUCUUUGCUCAUGCAGCACUCUCCCUAUCCCAGCAUGCCACCUCUGGCAGGUGCACUCCUGGCCCAGCUCUGGGCCCUGAGUAGGAAAGCCAGCCCUGCAGGCAGAGGCCCCACCUGGGGCUGGCAAAGGCUUUGCAAGGCUGGCUUUGCUUUCCCUGCCAGGGCCACGGCUAUACUGGCUGUGAAGUCUGCUGCCUGGUGUGCACAAGCGUGUAUCCAUAAAGGGACGAGACCCUGUAGCGCCAGGAGUUCUGCCAGCACCAGGGGCAUGUCUGGCGGGCAUUAGGGCUCCACAAACAAGCGGCUUCGCCCGUCCUUGCCCGUGUCACUGUUUGUCUGCGGCCCGGAGACUUCUGGGAUGACUGACCCACAGAGAGGGCUGGUGUGCGCUGUUCUUCAUUCGCCCAAGGGUUUCCGGUUCCCAAGUGGGCUUAGCUUUCCUGCGGCGUAUGUGGCACGUCCUGAACACCAGCUGAGCACAAGAGAGCGCCCGUCGCUCAGACCCCAGGACCCUCUGCAGCAGGAAUUCACAAUGUUUAGAGGCUCUAAGCUUCUGUAGCUCAGGAACAUACUCGUGUAUCUUUUUUUGUUCGUUCGCGCGUGUUCUCUGGAGAGCGUGGGGCGGCUCCGCCAGCAGGCACUGGCUUCGUGGCUGCCCCAGGGCUUCUUCGCUGUGACGAUAUUUGUGUUUCAACCCAUGACUGACCAAGUUUUCUUUUCCCUUCCUGUUUCAAUAACAUUUAUUUUAAAGACACUUAGCUUGAAAAUUUAUUUUUGUACUGACGUUACUUUGGAUGGGCCACUUUUGGCACCAAACAUACGUCAUUUUUAUUUCCAUUUUAUAAACAUGUAAAUAAUGAUAGUGAUAACGUGUAAAUAGUAGUAAACCUUUAUACCUAAAGUAAACCUGUUCCCUCCCACCCGUGGCUCCUGUGGUCGG